GAUUGCAUAAUUAGAAAGUUUAGAUUAGACAUGCCUGGAUUUUAAAUGAAUAAUUACUGUGUGAUAGACCUACUUCAGAAAUCAUCACCUUUUCCCUUUCAUUUGAGACAGUCAAUGUUUCAAAAUCAUAAAGAACCUGAUACCGUGAGAGAGAGAAAGAGCACAGCCAAGGGAACUCUAUCGUCUAAUUUAUAUGCAAAAGUUCUUUAAAACAAUGGGAUGGAUUUUUCCCCUCAGUAAAAUUUCAAAGUGGGAAAUAUAUUGACUGAACUUGAAGCAAUAUCCAACAUAUUUAAGAAGCAUGGACUCAAAUAGAAGAGAAGAUUGGAGGGGAGUCUGAUUGGGAGAAAAUAGUCAUUUCCAGUUUUAUAAGGAGAAACUGAAAGUGGGCCAGUGAUUAACCCUGCAACACAGAUUGCCCAGCUUCCUGAUUGGAGGACUGAAGACACCUGGGGUGUGUGGCAGUUUACACGCAUUGUUUUCUACAUUAACACAGAGAGUUCUGGAUUCUAGAGAAAGGAUUGUACUAUAGGAUGGAUGUUUACUAAUUUCUGAAGAGUGAUUUAUUUAAGUUGCAGGCUCUGGCUUCUGAACUUAAAAGUAGCUUCACGGAAGCAAUGCAGGAACUUUCAAGAAUUCAACAUGGAGAGUAUGCUCUUGAGGAGAAAGUUCAAAGGUGCCGGUGUGCAAUGGAGGAAAAAGUGGCCGAGAUGAAAAAUUCUCUAAAUGAUUUCAAGGAGGAGCUUAAUGAUGCCAAAUCUAUGAUUGAGGAAAUUAGCACCAAACAAGAAGAGAUGCAGCAAAAAAUUGAGCAGCUGCAACAAGAGAAACGGAAGGAAUCUCGCAAACUCAAAGUGAAAAGGAUUCAAAAAGAGGAGCAUGGUUCCCAGACUGUGCCUACUCCUCUGCAAGGAAGCCCCUUUCGAGCCCUGAAACUUCCAGAGCCAGUUUUAAUUAAUGAAGAUUUUGUCAAGCUUUUGCACAAUGCAACGUAUGAGAAAGUCUCUGAUUGCAUGCCUAGAACACUAGGAGAAAGCAAUAUGAGAGGUGUAACCAGUACAAAUCUGGACAGAGAAGAGAACUUCACAGUUUCCUCUUCAGGCGAUGCUCCAUCAAAAGGCCAGACAUCGUCAACAAUAUGGAAACAGGCCAAAGACAGUAAAGAGAGGAAUGAUGAAUAUAUUUCAAAGAACCUCAGCGAUCGGCAGAGGGAUGUGGCUCCAAGUAGAUAUAGCUCAGUAGAGAAUUUGAUGUGGGACUCUCCUGUUGCAGCUAAAAGGCAAAAUAUUGCUUUGGAUUUAUUAGAGUCUGAAAGAAAGUAUGUUGUCAGCCUGUCUCAUAUUCUGAAAGUUAAAUCCACAUUGCAAGGAACAGAAGUGAAAAGAAAUACAAAGGAAAGUUUCUUCCCCAAUUCUUUGCGCUACUUGGUCCAGCAACAUGUAGAGUUACUUCAUGCCUUGCAGGAAAGAGUGUUGAGCUGGCCUCAACAAGGAAUCCUAGGAGACAUAUUUCUCAGAUUGACCAACGAUGAGAACAGUUUUUUGGAUUAUUAUAUUGCUUACUUGAGGGACUUGCCAGAAUAUAUCUCUUUGAUCCAUGUGGUGAUUUUGAAAAAGAUUGAGGAAGAAACCAAGUCUGAUCUCUACCUAUUUUUCUUCCAUAUUGUCCAACGCAUUCCAGAAUAUCUUCUUCAUUUGCAAAACAUCCUGAAGUAUACUGAGCAAGAGCACCCAGAUUAUUAUCUUCUUCUUGUCUGUGUUCAGCGCCUGCGAGUAUUCAUUUCUCAUUACAGUCUUCUCUUCCAGUGCAAUGAAGAUCUGCUAAUACAGAAACGAAAGAAACUGAGAAAAUCUUCCUUCAUAAAGUUAUAUAAAGGUCUAGCCACUCAGUGUCCCAGCAGCGGACAAGCAGCAUCUCCAACACCAAGUGCAACUUCCUUUCACAAUAGUGGAAUCCAUUCUGAAGAGACAGUACAUCUAUUCCCAUCAACCUCUGUUUCUGGAACAACUGCUAUGCAUUUGAUGUCACACAUAAAAAAAGGUCAACAAGAAAUGGCAAACAUCCCAGGGAAACCAUGUGAGUGGGAAGCUGAUGGAAGAAAGCAUGGCAGACCAGAGAGUGCUUUAAUUCCAUCUCAAUUCAAUGAAGAGGACUUGAAGGCUCUGGCGGCUUCUCUGCAGCCUGUCCCAGAUAAGGAGUUCAAUGCUGCUUCAUCGGAUAUGAAAGAAAACCUGGAGAAGUCUCACAAAGCUACUGUGGAGCUUCUGCAAGACAGCAGAAGCUUUACUCCUGAUUUUGAAGAUUUUGAAUACCAAGGGAAUACAUAUUCCAUUCCUGGACUCUAUGAGAAAGAGCCUCUGGCUAUCCUUCAGACUAGCUCACCAGCCUCUUCUGAAUCUAGCAUUGACAUCUGCUUCUUGCGACCUGUGAACUUCACAAAGGAACCAGAGAAGGCACAGCGCACUUUGCAACCGCUUCCCAAGAGCAGCGAUCUAGAGCACAUUGGUAGCAGCACCUCCAAGCGUGAGGCUUUUCGGAGCAAGGGCAAACAACUGAGUCAGUCCUUGAAGGAGUUUCCCCGGAGUGGGUCUGAAGGCAUCAGCACAAGGCUAUAUAGCACAAGGAGCAGCAGUGGGAGUCGGCUGUCCAACUUGCAGGAGAGAGGCUUCCAGCCCCAUGAGGCCUCUGCCCCCUCCAGGAGCUCCCAUUGGAACUACUUUCCUCCACAGCGAGGAGUGGGUGAAAAACAAAGCUUUGUAGAAGAUAUGCAUUUAGAAGAUAUCCGAUUCUCUUGCAGAGAUGACAAUGAACAAACAUCUUUCAGCAGUCAUCCACCACGGCAAGAACAAAAAAGAGGCUUCCGCAGUUCCUUUCGCAAACUUUUCAAAAAGAAAUGAGUUAUUCAAAGAAAAAUAAAUUUGCCAACAUUUAUUUACUCCUGUAAUGCAGAAGUAAGGGCUACCUAGUAUUGCAUUAACAUUCGUGCUAGUUUAUUGGUUCUGAAUUGUUAAUGCAAAAUCUUAGAGAAUUGUGGGCUGUCACAACUUUUGGCAACUAAACUUCAGGCAGGAUUUACCUUGCAUGCUAUACAAGAGCUACAGUGUGUAAAAGUGCAUGUUAUACAGAUUUGGUUCUAUAUCAUCUUUAAAUCAAUCAUUCAAGAUGGUUAUUCAGUGCUCCUAUAUGAACUGGUUCCAUAGGAAACUUUCUGUGUCUCCAAAUAUUCAUCAGCUCAUCAAUGGACAUCUCCUUCCAUUAUCCAUUUUUAAUAGUGUGAAAAAUGUAGCAUAAUUCUUGAUUGAUCUAUCUCUAACAGAUCAGUUCGCCUCUUAAGAGUAUCUUAAGAUACCAUUUAA